AUGCGUCACCCUGACGGGGCAGGGAGGGCCGUGGCCAGGGGGCUUCUUCAGCGCCUGGCGGGCCGGGGCCCGUGGGGUCCACCUGGCAGCGACGCGAUUCCCGGAUCCCCUUCUGCGGACUUGGCCCUUGCGCUUUGCCCCGGAAGGAGCACCUCCCCUGAGAUCUCUGCGCGCUCACGGGGCCACUUCAGGGCCUCUGGGCCCUCGUGUGCCGUGCGCUCCCGACAAACGGCAGGGACGGGGACAGGCCGACUCCCAGGGCCUGUGUCCUCAGUGGGACAAAAGAUACGUGCAUUAAGGCUGACAUGGGUCGAACAAGGAGAAACCCAACUUCCUUUGAUCCACAGGACGCUCACCGCUGGACCUCUGCCUGCAGGCUCUCGUGGGACGCAUACAGUCACUAGAGGGAACAGUCCUUGGCAUCACUGUGGCUCUACGAGACCAGCCAUUUUUAAAGGAACCAGGCUGCGGCCCUCACUCGGUCUGAGCCAAGCUUCCUCCUGCACCGUGAGGGGCGUGGAUGGCACCCCCAGCCAGCACGCCCAAUGUGUGUCCGCACCGCAGCAAACACCCACCCCUUUGCCCCCUUGCUGGGCUGGGUCUGUGUGGUCUCUCCACGGAUGGAUGAAUCCCCGAGGACACUGCAUUCAUGGCCCUGGACACGGACUCAGGGCCAUCUGGGCACGACAUCUCCAGGGCCCCAGGACCUGCAGCAUGGUCCAGAAGGGGGACGCUUCUCCUUCAUCCCGCAGACCCCUUGCCCUACGGGGAGGGGCACGGCCAGGACAGCGCCCCGCUUGCCCCAGUGUGAAGAAGGUCAUGGGCUGACCAAAGAGCAGGUGAGCAGUACUGGCAAGUACCGGACUAGAGGGUCAAGAGACUUCCUGUGUUUGCAGUCACGGACUCUGUCCCUUACUGUCCUCCUUUGCAAAAUGAUGGCUUUGGAUUAAGGGUGGAGAUUUAUAGCCCAGUGACUGGGGCCAAACUAAGGUUUGAAGUUGGGAUAUUUGGGCUUGGGUGCCUUUAUGGAAAAAAAAAAAAAAUGUAAUCUCUCUGAGGACCAGUUUGCUCAUCUAACAAGGAGGGAUGCACCUUCCCUAGGCUGCUUCAAGGUUAAAUGAUGCCCAUGAAGAGAUCAGCAUAGCAAGGGCUCUGUAACUGGUAGGGGCAUCAUUAUUCUUUCUCUACCGCUGAUGGGAUCUCUGAGGGGGCUGAGAGCUUUCAAAUGGCUGCUUUAGAGCCACGCUUGGAAAGGACCCGGCAAUUGGCCUUCUGAUAUUAUUCCUGAAACUUGCUUUUCUCUACCCUGAGAGUCUGCGUUGUUGGUUAGAACUUGUGGCCUCUGAAUUUUCUUGCGCCAUUUACUUAACUGAUAACCAUCAGCCAGUCAUUUAAACUCCCAGAACCUCACUUUCCUUGUUGGUGAAAUGGUAUAAUCACAGUACCUAUCCAUAGGGGUGUUAUUAGGAAUAAAGGAGAUAAUACGUCCAAGGUCUUAACUGAGGCUUGCCUGGCACAAAACAGA